AUGUCGGAGAAAGGAGGAAAAGGGUUUUCUUUGCCUACUGGCAAAGCAGUAAAAUCUUCACUGAAAUCUACCCCUUCUACAAAGGAUGCUUCCUUGAAAGGGAAAGAUGAUAGCUCAACAAAGUCCAAGAAGGGGAGAAAAGUCCAGUUCGAUUCUGAAGGUUUGCAUGAACCCAAAUCCAACUUCUCGUCAAAAUUUGAUAACCCAGCUGCUGCCUCAGGGAAAGCUGAUUGGGGCAAAGGGGGAAAAGGAGACAAGGUUGGAAAUGGCAGAAAGAAAGAACCACAGCCACUGGAGCUCAAAAUUGAGCAGGAACUGCCACAGAGUGCCAAAUGUCUGAUGGAUUGUGAGGCUGCGGAUAUAUUACAAGGAAUCCAGGAGCAAAUGAUCCUGUUGUCUAAAGAUCCUACUAUUAAAAUCCCUGUAUCAUUCGACAAGGGACUGCAGUACGCCAAAAGAACCAGCCACUAUACCAAUCCCCAAUCUGUCAGAAAAGUUCUUGAGACUCUCACAAAAUAUGGUGUCUCAGAUGGCGAGAUAAGUGUGAUUGCCAAUGUUUGUCCCGAAACCACUGAUGAAGUUUUUGCUCUAGUACCAUCCUUGAAGAGUUUUCUUGUUUUUGAUGUGAAGGCUGAAAAAGGCAUAAGUGACUACGAGAAGCGUGCUCAGCCAACCGCUCAAAGAAGCUACUGGAUGCAAAUGGCACUCAUAUGGAGGGAUCUUGCUUUGUGUAGUAUCAAGGGUAGAGCGGCAGCAUAA